AUGGCUGACGACACGAUCGACUUGACAGCAUACAAUGGCGACAGGCUAAUGAGCACCGUCACGGUCUUCCUCGUGCUGAGCUGGAUCGCUGUUGGCCUGCGGACUUAUACCCGGGCAUGGCUGAUGAAGAACUUUCAGCUGGACGACUGGUUUAUGCUCCUCGGUCAGGCAACCUUCUCGACGUAUGCUGGAUUCCUGUACGCGGGCAUCAGCGACGGCAUCGGCACUCAUAAUGCGGCCAUCACGGACGAUCAGCAGCUGGUCAUGGCUCUCAAGUGGCAAGCGUUGGCGAUUGCCUUUUACAUCCUGGAGAUGAUGUUCAUCAAGCUGAGCAUUGGAAUCUUCCUCCUGCGCAUCGCGUCCCAGGCUGUGUAUGUGUGGAUCCUGCGCAUCAGCCUAGUUAUCAUCUCUGUAUGGAGCACCGUCAUUUUCUUUUGGAACAUCUUCCAGUGCGACCCGGUCCCCAAGCAGUGGGACUACAGGAUUGAGACGGGGAAAUGCGUGCCUCCAGAAGCGCUGGUCAUGGCAGCCUAUGCGCUGAGCGCCAUGACUAUCGUGUCGGACUGGCUCUAUGCGCUGCUCCCCAUCCCCAUGGUGUGGAAUGUGAGAAUGUCCAAGCAGGCCAAGGUAACCGUCAUCCUCAUCCUCGGCCUGGGCAUCUUUGCCAGUGUGGCUACACUUGUGCGACUGCGAUACCUCCCUGACAUGGCCAAUCUCGAGGAUGUUCUAUAUGCGGGCACUGAUGCCAUGGUGUGGACCAUUAUCGAACCUGGCCUCGCCAUUGUCGCGUCCAGUCUCGCGACUAUCCGUCCGCUCCUGCGCGCCUGGCGGAUCCGCGGCUUCGAGUCGUCGGAUGACGCCACGGACGACUCGCGUCGUAGCGGUGGCGGUGGUGCACAACUGCCCCCUUUCAAACGCGAGGUGCGUCCCUCGGCCAAGGUGCGCCCCGGCCAGUACGGCAUCCACGACAUUGCCAUCACCACCUUGCGGUCCCAGCUGGAUCAGGAGAAUGACCACAAGGAUAAUAAAGUCUUUGUGACGCACGCCCAGAUUUCCGAGCAGACACAGGAGGGCAAUGGAUCCGAGGACGAAUGGAGACGCUCCGAAGGCGCGACGUCCAUGGACAGCUUGUGUGAUCUCGGUGCACGUAAUCGCCGGGGUGUGUAUCCGGACUCGUAUGCUCUCGGACAUGGCACGCACGCUGUCUACCCCGGCAUGUCUGGCGAUGGACCGGACAGCUACCGGGGGUUUGGGGCCAGCAGGCUAGGUUAA